AUGAAGUCAGGGGAAACCCUGAUGGAAGUUCGUAGCGAUUCUGACGUGCAAAUCGAUCGUCAAAUUUUGAUAAUUGGCGGUAUUGUCGCUCGCAGUACUGUCGCUCGCGAUACUGUCGUUCGCGGUAAUGUUCUGUCCCGUGCUGAGUCAUUAGCUGGUUUUUUGCAGAGCAACUCAUUAUCUAUCUCACUUUAAUCAUGCUCUCUUUUGAUUGAAAAACUAUUUCUACAGUACAUCGUCUAACCAAACAUGUUACAUGUGUAGACUAAAAUAAAUUCAAAAGGCAUAUUUCUCUAACACAGUUGUUUACCGUUGUGUUUAUUACUGUCAAAUUUGAGACGGUGUUUUGCGCGGUUUUAAAAUCCUUUUGUAGAGGUGCCAAGUGGUAACGCGAGAUAGAAUUCAACAAAUUAAAAUGAUUUUGUUUCCUCUUCUUCAAAAACGACGUGAUAAUUUUGUGAUAUUAUACGAAAAGGCUCUAAAAUAAGCAGCAUCUUAGGGGAAUUUCCUUUGGUGUGCAGUGUAGCGCGCGUGCAGCCUUGGGCAUCUAAGAGCAUCACAGACCUGUUAUUGCUCCAUUUCGUGUGGCUUAAACUACCAUUUAUCCUGCUAAGAAGUUGUAAAAAGUCCCUUCGAACUUUUAGUAAGCCGGAGUCUCGUUUGUUAUCGAAAUUAAUCAGACAGAUUGCUCCACGAACUACGAACGACCAUGCACCACCACCCACUUAAUCAAGAAAGAGCUCUCAAUCUGUCAAUCCUAAAAGUGUCCUGGCCAAGUAAGUUUUCCCGUGUUGAGUCAAAUUAGGCCACAGGCUCCACUUCUUGUGUGCCCUUCCGUCAAUUCCUUUAAGNAAAAGACAGUUGGCAACCUUUAUGGUUUGAACUAGGACGGUAUCUAAUCGUCUUCGAACCUCAAACUUUCGUUCUUGAUUAAUGAAAACAUUCUUGGCAAAUGCUUUCGCAGUUGUUCGUCCUGUAGCGAUCCAAGAAUUUCAUCUCUUACACUGCAGUACGUACGCCCCCCUCUGAUCCUAUUAAUCAUUAACUCAAUUCUUAAAACUAACAAAAUAAAAUCGAGUUCUUAUUUUAUUAUUCCAUGCAAUUUUAUUCUGGCGUUAGCCUGCUUUUAGCACUCUAAUUUUCUCAAAGUAAACGUUCUGGCAACUGACGACAUCCGAUAAAGAGCAUUGACAGCAAACCAGCAAAAUGAGGAUCUGUCAACGAAUAUAAUCAUUUAAAUUAACUGGCAACGAAUACCCGAAAUUCAACUAUGAGCUUUUUAACUGCAACAAUUUUAGCUUACGCUAAUGGAGCUGGAAUUACCGCGGCUGCUGGCACCAGACUUGCCCUCCAUUUGUUAAUCAAUAACCUUUUUAUAGUGUUUUCAUUCCAAUUGUCAGCCUAUAAUAGACUAACAUCGUUAUUCUUCGUCACUACCUCCUCGUUUUGAGAGUGGGUAAUUUGCGCGCCUGCUGCUUUCCUUGGAAGUGGU